AGGAGCUGGCCAAGUCCAUUCGCAUGAAGCGACAAGUCUCCAUCGAACGAGGACUCACGUGUUUGCAAGAUCCGCAUGACGGUGACAACGACCUUGUGAGGUCGGUUGUGGAUCCAACAGAGGAACGCGGCAUGGUGCUCUCCUCCACUGAAGGCACGAGUGUGAAUGCCCAGCAUUGGACUGACUCUGUCAACGAGGCCCUCUCAUCAAACGAGUCAAGCAGAUCAAGCACGUCGCUGGCUCCGUCGGAGCUGCAGCUGCACUGCCCUUCGUGCAGUGUGACGAUGAGUGACGCCAAGCACGUUCCCAUGAGCCUGAUCCCAUGCGGACACGUGGUGUGUCGAUCCUGCCUCACCGCUGGCCGGUCUGAUCUCGGAUUUCUUCUCUGCGCCACCUGCAACGAACUCACGUCCUCGUCGAUUAUGAACGCGACGUUGAAGCAGGCAAUUGCUGCGGAAAUUGCUGCGCAAGAGAAAGCACAAGAAAAACGCAAAGCGCGCACAGACCAGCGGGGUAUUCGCCAGCAGUGGAAGUCGAACCUCAACCGCAAGAGCAUCUUCUUCGACUCUGCUGCUCCCUCCAACAACAGCCCCACAACCUUGACAACAACCGCUACAGCCAACAUGGCCAUAAACGGUCGCAGUGAGGCAGGUACCGCCGUGGGUGAGACGAGGGCUGUGCCGGCACGCAAACGAAGCAGCCAAGCAAACGCAACCAGCGGCCCAUCCUCUGCCCUGGGGAACACGGCCACAUCUGUUGGCGGUGGUGUGGGCACACCCUCCAAAGGCAGCAAGACAGGCUUACUCAGCACAAGCGCUGGCAAUAGCAACAACAACAGCAGCAGCAACCAACGUCAUGACCUCACCGACACCGGUGCAAACAUGGCGGCAUGCAAGCAGGGUCAAGGCACGAAGCCCGCAAUGCGUCGCGAUGCAAGUCGUUCGUUCUACUUCCCGCGCCAGCCGCUGCAGACCGGCAUCACUAAGACGCGUUCGGAGAAGCGCAUUUCAGGGACCGCGCGACCCCCGCAUCACACGGCCCAUCGCCGCAUCUCCCACCAGGCGCAAGUGGCAACAGAGCAAUACGUGGCCCGCGUGCACAUGUGCAUGCAGCUGGAGACACAAGUGUCGAGCCUCAUUCAGUCGCUUGCUGAGGUGGACAUGGCCAUCAAGAAGGAGGAGGCAGAAUCACGUGAUACCGCGUCAGAAAUUGAGCGCAUCGACGAGCAGGUUGCGUUUCUUCAGCAGCAGCGCAAAGAUCUCGUGCAACAGCAAGCAGAGCAACAGGCAACUACAAAGCGCCUGCAAGACAACCGCAAAGGUGUGGUGGCCGACUUGGAAACAGCAAAGACAAACUUUGGCCAGGUUACAGAAGAGCUGCGGGCACACCGCAACACGCUUGAACAAGAAGGCGCCCUGCAAGAGGCAACGAAGAAAGCACGACAAUCACGCAUCUUCGACGUGGAUCUCGCCACGACACCAACACCCCCACCACAUGCGGGUGGCGAAACAAGAAGCUGUGUCGUCACACCAACGCACCUGCCAGGCUCAAGCACACACAGUGACAGAAGCACGCCGUCCUACACGCUCGAGCAUAUGGCUGGAUGCUCCGGCCCGCUCAAGUUCACGCACCUCGCACGGCACACCGCUGUCUCCGCGACAGCCAGUCAGAAGUCAGGCGCAACAGCAACAAACGCCAACAGCACGCAGACACGGGUCAGCAAGCAACAGACAGAUGCAACUUGCAGCGAAAAUGACAGCACGGAUUCCACUCGUGCUACCAACAAGGACGCGUCGCCUGUGCCAUUUCCUGCAAGCACCAACUCAGCAAAACAAACCAACCUUCCCGAAGGCGCAUCAACCAACAGCAUUGUCUUUACUGAUGAUGACACGCGCCAACAUCCGACCGCGCCAGCUUGCAAACGAGCAACAACAGAUGCUGUAACGGCCACCAGUGACAAUGACGAGCACCUCUGGCGACCAACGGCGGAACCGCGACACUCCCUGCCAACCACGCCGCGGGUCAUGUGCAACGCCCGCCUUGUCCUCGAUGAGGAUGACGAUGAGGAUGACGAUGACGACGAAGACGACGAGGAUCAUGGUGAAGUGGCUGAUAGUACAGGUGGCGGACGGGGGCAGAAGCCAAAUCAAGUUGGCUGCGAGACACAACCCGACGUGCUUGCGCCAGGAGCGGUGACAACAAAGUUGAAGGUCAACUGUGAUGGCGAAGCGGGUGUGGCAGGCAAGCGAGGGAGUGAUCCUCGUCUCAUUCGCGCAGCAACGCGCCGUGCGUCCGCGCCACUCCCUCCACAUUUGCAGCCUUCCUCGCCACAUGCGGCACACCCCACACCCUCGAACAUGUCGGCUGUUGUGUGGGAUGACGCACAACGCGAGGCAACGAAUGACAACCACAAAUCCAGCUCUGAGGAUGGCUGCAUCAAGUACCCAUCAGCUGCUAUGAUGCCUCUCGCGCCUGGAUCCUGCAUCAAAUCGGCGGCACAAUCAAAUAGCAGCGCCCACGGUGACCGCGGUGAUGGCGCUGGUGAUGAUGGUGCUGCGAAUCUCGAUGACUAUGAUGAUGAUGACGACGACGACGACGACGACGACAUCAUGGCAAGCAUUCGGCUGAUGUUGAUGGGAGACGCGGGUGAAAUGGAGCAAGCAAAGUCGAGGGUGUUGGCAACGUCCCUGGCUGCUGUCAUUGAUAGUGGCGCCAACGCAAACUCAUCGGGUCACGAGCUUGAGGGCAACAGUGCCGACGACACGGCAGCACACCUGGUCACCGACCAGCACCUGUCCAAAGAUGCGGCCUUGCCUGUGGUCGACCCGUAUGACUUCAUCGACGACAUUGGCAACGCCUCGGAGGAUGACAGCACGGCUCCCGACGCGGAGAGUCACACCGCCAAACCUGUCAAUGAACUUCAACAUACGGUGGCAGGAUGCAGUGACUUGCAUGAUGAAGAUGAAAGCGAGGUGUAAGUGUUGUGUGUGUUUCUGUGUGUGUGUGUGUGUUUCUGUGUAAAUGUCAGCCUACAAUGCUUCUUUGUCUGGGCGAAGAUGGCUGUUGUUUGCUCGUGAGCACCGGUGUCCAUACAGAAACAUGGUUUGCGCUUCAUUUUCUUCAUUUUCUUCACAACCAUCUCCAGAGGUUGGCACGACAGUAUGGAACAAAGCACACAUGCAAGAAUGAACCUGGACAAACAAACCACUGAAGUCCGCCACUCCGCA